UUCCUGGCUGGUGUUGCUGCCCCAAUGAUAUGGCUGUUAGCUGUAAAAGCCACUGGGAAUUAAUCUUCCCUUUCAUUCCCAUUUAUCACUCCUGCCCUUUUAUGCAGUGAGAGUAUUAGUGCGGUUGCAAUGCAGACUCAUUCUUUGGGGUCCUGCCUGCUGCUGUCCUUUGACAUGAGCCUUCAGUUACUCCAUGCUGCUUCUUUUGGCUUCUAGAAACUCAGCUUCACAAACUGUAAAGGUUUACUGCCGAGUCAGGAAAACAGAGAAGAUAAGGUCUCUGCAGUGAUAUGAAACCUUCACGUUGCACGUGUGCAGUUUGUUUUCACACUUUCAUCUGCCUGUCAGACACUAUUAGUGAGAACAUAAAAUUAUAUGGAGGGGUAGGGCUGUAGCUUUUGUCUUUUUUAUGCUAAGGCAAAUUGAGGAUAGCAAGAUGAUGCUGAUUCAAAAAUAAUCAUAUCUGUAACUCUUUUAGGGCUAGCGCUAAAGUAAGAAUGAGAUGUGACAAGGGUCUUAAGCAAAUGGAAAUUGUAAAGCUGAAAACACAAAUGUGAAAGAUGAAUGAAUCCUGUGAACUCUCGUCUGUAUUGAAAAAGACUAUGUCAAGAACGGGGCUUAAAUUUUUUUGGCUGCCCACUUGCAUGGGACAGAAUGUAGUUAAAACAAUUAAUGUAAAAUCUUAUUCCUAAGCAGGCAUAUGUCUGGAGAAAUAAAGGACUGACACAGCACCACAGGCUCAUGGUGGGUGGAGUGGUGGUGCUCUUGCAUGCUGGAUCAGGUUCUGGCCUUUUCCACCUGCAGAAAGUGAAAGUGUUUCUAAUGAUUUCAACAGAGCAAUAUUGCACAAAGAUUUUUAUAUGAAAAAAAUCAGAUUGAAAGUGGCAAGCAUGAUGGGAAUACAGUCUUUCAGAUUAUUUGCUGUGAUAUCCCCCUUUGUUUUAACCACUUCCUGGCCAGAGUGCAGCAAGAACAAAGCCAUGGUCAUCUUAAAUGAUUUUCUAGGCAUUUUAAGAGAUGCUCUUGCAGCAUAGAUGAAGCAUUAAUGUGGCAUCGCUUUGGUGUGCCUGGGGGAUUUAUGUUGUGUUGAUUCAGUGAUAAAUCAAGUAGGUAAUAUCCAGUGCUGUAAGUGGUACUGCUAACACUGUCAGAGGAGAGGGGCUGGAACAGCUGGCAGGGGAAGGACAGGGAUGCAGCUGCAGCAAAGGGGUGGCUGAAGAACAGGUCACAGGCCAGAAGCUUUUGCUUCCUCAGUGGGAGAGCCUAUAUGAAGACCUGCGUGGAUGAUGUUAUAAAAAACAGAAGGUGCAUGCAGCACAGAUGCCAGCAUUCUCCAAGGAGUAAUCUCUUCAUCUCCAAGUGACACUAGCUCCUGCUAGUACCAUGGGGCCAGAGAGUGGUUUCUUAGGCAGUGGACAGAUCCACAUCAUCCUGUGGGGGAGUUUGGCAGCCAUGACAACACUUUUGUUCCUCACCUUCCUCAUCUUCCUUUGCUCCAGCUGCAACAGGGAAAAGAAGGCCAGACAUCAGAAUGGAGAUCAUGAAAAUCUGAUGAAUGUGCCUUCCGACAAGGAAGUUUUCAGCCAUUCCAUUACAAGUUCGGCUACAGAGCCCCCCCCAAACAGUGAACAGAACGGGGCACUCAGCAACGGUGAGGUUCUUUCUGAAGACAGUACAACUGCCUGUAUCCAGCCUUAUGAAGAAGUACAGACAUCUGAUCUACCAGAUCAACAAGAUAGUCUUGGAAAGUCUAUAAAAUGUCACCAGAGCCGGGAACUACCCAGUAUUCCCCCUAACACAACCAUGGAAACCAUCAUCUCAGCUAGAAAUGCAGAAAAUGACCAAGGUCUCGGAAUGGAAGGGCCUUAUGAAGUCUUGAAAGACAGCUCCUCUCAGGAGAACAUAGUUGAAGACUGCUUGUAUGAAACUGUGAAGGAAAUUAAAGAUGUUGGAGCAGUAGUCAGCAUGGAAGGGAACUGUAACAGCAAAUCAAAGACUUCACUGACAGUUUCUGAAGGUCAGAAUCAGAUUCCUGAGUGCAGAAUUGAAUCAGCAGAAUAUGCAUCUGUGGACCGAAAUAAGAAGAGUCGCCAAAGUGCUAAUUCAGAAAGUCCUCUUGACAACAUACCAGAUGUAGAGGAUGAGCUUCCCCCUCCGGUACCCAUGAAACUUCUUGAUGAAAAUGAGAAUGUGCAAGAAAAAGAAGUGGAAGAAGAAGUGACAGAAGGGGCAAGUAAACCAGAGAAGAGGCUUAGUUCAGUGUCUUACAAGUCUCGAGAGGAAGAUCCAUCUCUUACAGAAGAUGAGAUCUCUGCCAUGUACUCGUCAGUGAGUAAGCCGGGACAGGCCAUCAAGGCACUGGAUUCUCCUUACACCUGUAUUCAAGAAAUUGCAUCUCAGAGGUCCCCAUCUAUUUGCAGUGGCCUCUAUGCAAGUGUGAAAGACUUUGAAAACACCCUAAAUUCUACCACUGUGCCUCAGUCAGCGGACAGACCAAACGGGGAGCUGGAGCCGGACUAUGAAGCUAUCCAGUCAGUGAGCCAAGAAGAAGACAGGACCUUGUCUGUGCCUAACACAAAUCACACUGCUCUUUCAGGAGAGAAUGACUAUGAGAGCAUAGGGGACUUGCAGCACCACAGGGAAUUCACCAGACUUUAACUACUCUGGCAGCAGAUUUCUCUGCUGAUAUUUUCAAAGGAACAAGUGAAACAUGGAGAGGGAAGUGCUUCUCCUUUUGAGGAACAAAGCUAAGUAUAGAACACAAGUUGAGAAGAGGCAAUGUAUGUUUCAGCCAGGGUGUGAUACCUGCUAGGUUAACCUGGAUGGUGGACUGAGGCUUAUGGCAAAGGGUACAUCAGGUCAGAAGGAUGACCAGGACAACAUAAAGGUUUCUUUAUUGCUAGCUCUGAGGUGACCAGAAUUCAGGAAGAAGUGAGUGCUAUGCUUGGUGUCCCAAUAGGAUUACAUACCAAAAAGACUGCCUUUACACAAAGCUAACUUCUCAUUUUGAGAGAUUAUUUUCUUCAAAGUGUUUUUCAAGCAUCAUUUCUCAUUCCAGUUUGGGCAUCCACAAUGUUGAGCAAACCAUGGAUCACUGUACCUCAACUCAGACUUGCUUUGCAAGGCUGGGGAAGGCGCACUCACUUCUGUGUUUUUUGCAGAGCUCUGUCCACAUUCAUUGCAACUAAAGUGCAAACAACAGUACUUCACAAGGGACCUACUCCAAAUGUACUUGAAUUAAUUCUGUUGGCUUUUUCUUUCUUUUUUUUAAUGUCAAGGGUUGUAGAAUGUGACCUGCAGUAUUUGAGAUGUGUACUGGUAUUUGUAGGGGUUUUGUUUGAUUAUUUGUGAAAUACCACUUUAAAAUGGCAACUGUCACCCUUAGUGUUCUUGCCGUGUUUCCCUUACAUGAAGAUAAAUACCUACCCACGCACACCCCAGACAAUUGUCAUGUUUCAAAAAGUCAUGCAAAUGAAUGCAUUGGCAUAAUGUUUAGUCUAACCUUAAUAGUGUUGAGUCAUUUUUUUAAGAAUUUUGCCCUUUUUUAAGACUUAAAAUAUUUUAAUAUGUUUGUCUAGUUUAUUAUAUGGGAAAAUUUAUGUACUGUGUUAAGUGGAUAAUAUUUUUAUUUUUUACAACAUAUUUUUCAUCUUCAAAGUUUUUGUAGAUAACUUACUGGCUUUUGUAACAGGAAGAAUCCCAUUCUUUGUUUGGGCUUUAUUUGGUUUUCGUUAAAAUUUUUUUCCUAUUUUAGAAGUAGGUAAAUGAACAAUUGCUUUAGGGUUGUUUUGUUGGCUUUUUUUGUCUCCUUGAGCAAGGAUGUGGAAUCUGCCUUGCUGUUUUUAAGCUCAAAAUAGUGGAGUCUAUGUAAAAGAACAUGGCCAAAGGGCAAAAAAGAGGCAGAAGAGACAGUAGGAUUUAGUCAGGGAUAGCCACUAGUCCUCCUUGUUCUUCUGGUGAAAGGAGCACGAGAGCAACCAAGACUUUCUUAGUUUGAAAGCCACUGGUUUUUUAAAGAUGCCGAGUUAUUCUGUUACUAUGAAAACCAAAGUACAGUGCUUGGAUGAAAUAAGUAGGUACUGGAUUGCUAUGUAUUUUUACUCAAGAAUGGUACAAUAAAUAGUACAAUGGUACAAGAAUAGUCCAGCAGUAGAGAACUGGCAUCGUGUGAUACGCAUGUGUACGUGUGUGCACAUAUCCCCAUGUAUAUAAACAUACACUUGUAAUUUGGACACAAGUAUAAAUUAUAGUCCAAGCUUGGUAACAUACACAUAUGUAAUAUAUGGCAUGUGCUUGAAGAGCAGGGUUUUUUUAAUUCAAAAUAAACAGUACAUAAACUGAGAUUGGCUUAUUCUGUACUAGCCAAAGCAGGUUUAGUUUCAGCUCAGUUGACACUGGGUUUUGAUACACCAGAUUGAGCCCUUCUCGGAUCACUGGCCAGUGCUCAACAUUACUUGGUACUAAAAAGAGCAAACACAGAUCAAAGAAGUGUGCUGAUUUAUGGGCUUUGCCUGUAAGUACAGCUCUGAGGAGCAGUGCAAGUGCGCAGACAAACUGCCCACGGGGUGAUUCAAACUUCAUGAAUCCUGACCUCAUGCAACAGUGCAACACACUUGAUCUAUGACUCUCAUCCUCGGGGGUGAAGCGGAAGUGGUUCAGACCAGUCUACAUCCAUCUUGUUCUUGGCCAAGCUGCCAUGUUUUGACAGCUGCAGCAAACCCUUUGCUUCCACUCCACUGCAGUGCUCUUUAAAGCUGACUUUGGUCUUCCUUUAUAGGGUUUUUACCUUUAUAAAAGUUUCUGUUUCUGUUCCCUUGAAUGUGAAUUCAUGAAGUUCGCCUUUGACUGUUCUCUCCUUCUACAUCACACUAUUUAAGGCCAAAGAUAAGAUGCACCACGUUUCAGAAGAUCUGCUGUGCUAAGUCUGGAGAAUUUCUGAAGUCUUUAACUAUGGGUUUGCUCAGGGGUACUGGUUUAUAUAUGUAGUCCUCCGUAUGACUCCUGCAGCUUAGUGGCAGGCAUACCUCAACUCCUGAAAUUCCCACAUACAUAAGAUGUAGUUAUCCCUUUACAUGGAUGACUGCUUUUGGAGAAACAGUAGGAAUAUGAGAUUUGCCAGGUUCUCCAGUUUCAAUUUCAAGACCAAUUCAAAGACAGAGAUAAUGCCAGUUGAUAGCAAAGAAUAACACUGAUCUCUUGAUUGUAAAAUUUUAAGGUGCAAAAGAAAAGCAAACAUCACUCUAGAAGUGCCCCCAUCAAGAUCAGCAAGUGAAAGGAUGGUGGAGGACUGUCCUGUCACUCUGUGGUCUUUCACAGCUGGAUCAAGAAUGUUGGUUUGGAGAAAGGGACACAAGACUCAGCUCCUUCCUUCCUUUCUUUCCUCUGUUCUAACAGCUGCACCUUGAGACUUCCCUUUUUCAUGGUGAAAUCCCUCCCCCUCUCUUCUUUCUUUGGUUUUAUUUUUAACCUGUGUCAUACAGCCUCACACUGGGAGCUGGUACUGUGUCUGCAGUUCUGUGGUACUGGCACGUUCCUUCCUGUUUAAAUGACUCUAAGGCUGGUGAGAGCCUUUUAAUUGUCAACCAGACCCUCAGCCUCAUGGAGAAGCAACUCAAAUUUUGGAUUGCUGCUUGUGGGAUGUGUACCUGCCUUCAGCCUGGAGACACACACACGCGCGCGUUGGAGUUGAGAGCUGCAAAAAAUAAUUACCCUCCUGAACAAGCAUGGACAGGGGAGUCCAUAACUUCCCUAAAAUCUCCAUUAUGUAGUCUAAUGCUAAAGAAAAAUAUUUUAUAACUCAGUCCAAGGUUCUUACGUGAAUAAUUACAUCUCUUGACAAAGAAUCAAGUUUCUGUUUUAGUUCCCUCUUCCCAGAAGAUCUGUUCCUUUAUAGCUGUUGCCAGUGCUUCCUUUUCACUAAUAUAUCAGAUAGAAAGAUUUUUCCAACAGUAAUUCCCAAAUAGAUUAAUUUGAUUGUAAAGAAAAGGGAGUCUAUUCUGCUAGUCCCUUUAUUGCUAUUUUUUCCUUUUUCACCAUAUUCCGAAAUAAAAUGUCAACAUCCAAAAUGAAGUACUUGUUACCUGGUGAUCUUUUCAGGGGAAGCUUCACAGUCUAUUUCUUUGUUUCCAUUUUUUGGCAUAACUAUAUAAUAAGAUCUCACAUCAAAUUGCCACAAUAGGGCCAAGAGAUGCUUUAAUGUGUGUAUAACUGCACUGGUGAAAAGGUCUUUUUGAUUUUCCUCUGGGAACUGGUAGAAAUAGGAAAUGCAGUUCAGACAUCUCUUCCAUGAAUCCGUGUCUCCUGUGGGAGUUGGUCUUACCACAUACUUAAACCAGUACUAACCCCAUACAUAAACCAGUCAUUCCUUUCUACCAUGAGUGUAGAAUUACUUUCUCAGUCACAGAGAGAAACAGAUUCUUUGCAGAUACCUGUAGCACAGGCAUGUACCUAAUUACCACAGUUAAAUCAGUUAUAGUGCCUUUUUUACAAGUAGCUAGUACUUCCAUACUCUUUUCCAUACUGUGUGUGUUUAACUCAAAAGUACAAAGGGACAAUCCCAACAUUUACUUGUCUAGGUUGGAAACAUCUUUAUAGAGACACAUUUAAUGUACUGGAACUCAGUUGGCCAUACAAUAGCAAUAGUAGCUCACAAACAUUCUCUAAAAAGCCCAGUAAUGUAGCUACGAUGACUAAGCUUUGCAAUAAGAAUUAUCAUUCUUCUUUUGAAGAGCCUAAGUUUUUCAAUAGUGAGCAUUCAGGGAGGUGGUGUCCAUGUCAACUGUGAACAAUUACGUGCUUCAGUCUUUCUAGUAAUAUAAAUGGCAGGCUUGCUUACAUGUAGCAGGAUUCAUGGGGUAAGGGAUGAGUACGUGUAGGGAUUCAUAUUCAUGAGUCACACAGAGUUGGACCAUUUCUACAGUUGCAACUGGCUGAUGACCAGCUGCCUUGUUCAUCUAUCGUGCCUUCAGGGACUCCAUCAUGCCGGGAUCCUUCUGGGCUGUGUGCUUCUCCAUGGCUCCCUGAGCAGCUCCUGUCCGCUGUUUUGAUCACAAUUCUGUAUAUGCGGUGCUCUCUGUUCAACCUUUCAAUGGUGCUUUUAUAAGAUGCUGGAUAAAUGGUUUCCAUGUGCUUUCUGAAAGCUGGUGUGUAAAGCCGUGGCACAGAGUGCUCUCUCUGGUAUUGUCUGCUUCCCAGAACUUAGCGUUAACUGUGGUACUCUGACUACAAAAGCUGACAGUGCUGCCCUGUCUCUUGUUCAUCCCACACACCGCCAGAGUGGGGUCACCACGUGUAACAAGCCUGCCUAGGUUGGGCCACUGGUGUUUAAAAGCAGCCAUUCAGGCCAGGUGACCUGGCUUGGAAGCAGCUAGAGACAUCUCAUCUGUGCACUGUAGGAUGGAAACAUCCCAGAGCCGAGCUCAAGGACUUUUUUCUGUCUUCUACUGUGCAUAUACAUUUGUUUGCAAUGUGACUGUAAGAAAUCUGUUUCUGCAACAAACAUUUUAAUUUGGGCCACACUCUAAUGAGGGACUUUUGCUGUUAGGCAAAUAACCAGUUAUUUCACAUGAGUGUUAUUUAUUUAGGUUGAAACAUGCCUGGAUAAGGCUGUUAUGUGCUUCACAAGUAACUUGGUGUGUGUAGUCUGUUGCAAAACAGAAGAAUGCAGAAAGAUGCUCAGCCUGACAGAUGCUCAUGUGGUGAUGUGCUGAAGGCUUUCAAGGGCAGGUCUCUUCCUGGGAGCCGGGAACAUAAUUACUAUUUAUGUAAUUUCAUACCCUGGUGCUGAAGCUGAUUUGUAGCAUCUCUUCUGGGAUGGUCAUGGCUGAAGACAUUGCCAGAGCAGAUCUCAGCCUCAGGGAAAAAAAAAA